GGACGACUGUUUCACAGGACACUGAGGGUUGCAUGCAUCAGUGCCAAGAAAUUGCAUUACGUGGGAGACUUCUGCUAAGGAGACACAGAGACAUUUCUGGAGGAUGGCAGCUGAGCAAGGACGCACACAGUGGAACGGACGCAGUGACGCCACGGCCAGAGAACCACGCUCCUCUCCCUGCUCCAGCCUGAAGAUGUUUCUGGUGGCUUUGUCCUUUGCCUAUUUUGCAAAGGCUCUGUCGGGGAGCUACAUGAAGAGCACAAUAACUCAGCUGGAGAGGCGCUUUGACAUCCCUAGUUACCUAAUAGGUGUCAUUGACGGGAGCUUCGAGAUAGGUAACCUGAUGGUGAUAGCUUUCGUCAGUUACUUUGGGGCCAAGCUCCACCGGCCAAAGAUCAUUGCCGUGGGUUGUGUACUGAUGUCCAUCGGCACCUUCAUCAUCGCUCUGCCUCACUUCAUCAUUGGUCGCUAUGAAUUUGAAACAUCGGUGCGGUGGGUCGUGAACUCAACAAUGAACCCCUCUCCGUGUACGAUGGGCUCACCAGCAGACCUGACCCAAGGUGGUAAACUGCCUGAAGUGCCAGCCACAGGUUGUGAAGGCGAGUCCAACCUGUCCAUGUGGAUCUAUGUGCUUCUGGGAAAUGUCUUGCGGGGGAUCGGAGAGACGCCUGUGCAGCCGCUUGGGAUCUCCUAUAUAGAUGAUUUUGCUACUGAGGAGAAUGCCGCGCUAUACGUUGGCUGCGUGCAGACCAUCUCAGUGGUUGGCCCUGUGUUUGGCUACCUACUGGGCUCCCUUUGUGCCAAAAUCUAUGUGGACAUUGGAUUUGUAAAAAUGGAAACUAUCACCAUCACCCCAGCAGAUGCUCGCUGGGUGGGCGCCUGGUGGCUGGGCUACCUCAUAGCUGGGGUCAUCACCCUGCUGUCUGCCAUCCCGUUCUGGUUUCUGCCCCGCUCCCUGCCCAUGUCCGGGCCCCGGGGCCCAGAAAAGUGCACACCAGAGCAGACAAGUUUCAUUAAAGACUCUCCUCUUCUGAAGCACAAGUAUCCUGCAGACGACAAUACGAGUUUCAUAGAGAUGGCCAAAGACUUUAUUCCGACCCUGCGGACUUUGCUGGGACACCCCGUGUAUUUGAUCUACCUGUGUGUGACGAUCAUCCAGCUGAACUCCCUCAUUGGCAUGGUCACCUACAAGCCCAAGUACAUCGAGCAGCACUUCAGGCAGUCCGCCUCGAAGGCCAACUUUCUGAUGGGUGUGAUCAAUAUCCCAGCUGUGGCCCUGGGUAUGUUUUCUGGAGGUCUACUGAUGAAGAGGUUGAAGCUAAACAUCAUGGGAGCGGCCAAGUUUGCCUUUGGCACGUCACUGAUCGGCUACAUCCUGUCACUGUUGUUCUUCGCAAUGAGCUGCGAGAACGCCAAGGUAGCCGGGGUGACGCUUUCCUAUGAGAGCGUGGAGACGAUAUCUUAUGAUAAACACUCAGUGUUCACGGCCUGCAACUCAGACUGUUUUUGCUCGGCGAGUGACUGGGACCCUGUCUGCGGAGAGGACGGCAUCACGUAUGUUUCUCCCUGUCUUGCUGGCUGCACCAGCUCUGCCGGCACGGGAAAAAACACAGUCUUCUCCAAUUGUACCUGUGUCGGUGUGGCUGGUAACUUUACGGCCAGCACGGGUCAGUGCCCCCACACGGACGACUGUGACAGGAUGUUCCCGUACUUCCUGGCUCUCUCUGUCAUCACUUCCUUUAUAAUCUCCCUUGGGGGGACACCGGGCUACAUGCUUCUCAUCAGGUGCAUUAAACCACAGCUGAAGUCUCUGGCCUUGGGUUUCCAUGCUCUGGCGACUCGUACACUUGCGGGGAUCCCAGCACCCAUCUACUUCGGAGCAAUCAUCGACACCACAUGUCUAAAAUGGGGUCAGAAGAGGUGUGGGGGCAUAGGAGCCUGUCGAAUCUACAACACCACUGCCUACAGGAUAGCAUAUCUGGGUCUGACUCUGAGCCUGCGGACUAUCUCAUUCAUCAUUUGCAUCCCGGGCUUCAUUCUGCUCAGUCGACAGCUGAAGAAGGAGGAAAGAAAUGGCAUCCAUGGAGCUCUGGCCAACGGCGGGACAGAGCUGGAGGCGCUCAGGAAGGAAGAGUUUGUGAUCUCUAAUUCUGACCAAUCACAGCAAACCUCAGACAGCAGCACAGACAGGGAGACGCGGCUGUGACAGCAGAACUGACCUUCCUCGUUUCCCACACACACACAGACACACAGACACACACACACACAGACACACAGACACACAGACACACACACACACACACACACACACACGAGAUUUGCAGGGAAUCACAUGUUGUAGCCGAUCAUCUCACAUAAAGCAUAAAAUCUAUAUUUGUACUACUGGACCUGUGAAGGCUUUGUGAAUUUGACAGAAAUUUGAUAUAACUGAAAUAUUUCUUGAAUGUACAUGCUGUUUUUUUCCUUAUAAAGAAAAGUAUAAGAGGAUUUUUCUUUUUUAAUGGUGGCACAAGAGAUUAGACAGGAAAUGUGACUUGUACAGACUGCUACAAAGAAACAGAGUAAUUCUGAAAACCAGCACUUAGGAAGCUUUUUUCUUUCUAAAUUAGUUUUUCUUCCUGACAUCCCUGUUCCCGAACAGAAGAGGAGAAGUGGCCUUAUUAACCAGAGGCACUAAACUUAAACAAAAAUAUAAGGACGAGGAAAGUAAGGCCUUCGAACGGACAGAAAGGGAGGAUGUUCCUUUUCAGAAUUCUAAAUAGAGAAGAAAACUGUCGUGGAAGUAUGUGUCCCAACAUGUAUUUCAGUAACUCUUAGAAGGCUUAGCAGUUGUUGAUUUGAUAUGUGCCUCAUUCACUCAACAGUUACCUCUAAAUCACACGUGUCAUCUGUCUUGCUGAUGGUGGAGAGGAAUUUUGUAACAUUUUGAACAGAUAUUUGAACUCUACUUUAUUUUUACGGUUAGAUUUCAGACUGAAUGUACAUCUUUGCACUCAUUUAGAAAAACAAAUGCUUCAUUUCUGACUCUUUAAAAUUUUGUCUUUCACUUUAAGCCCAAAGUCAGGUCUGAUUGUAUCGCAGUUUGUGUUGUGUGCUUUAGGUGUCAGCUUGUUCCUUUGGCAUUCAUACUCACUAAAAAUGGAAAAUGUCUUUUAGUGGGAUCUGCUUACCUCUUUGUCUGGUGCUGCUUGGAUUUCAAUAUGGAUGUCGUCCAUAAGUGGGCAGGACCAUAUGUUUAUGGUUGUGUUUGAGCUCUGCCUUCAGGUUUCCAGCCAUUGUCAUACCCUAUGUGUUAUUGAUCAGUCUCUUUAAGGUUCCGUUUUUUUUUUUCCCUGUAUU